AUGGCCACCCCACCACCGCCGGGCCAUGCGGACCAUGCGGCGCCCAUCUUCCCAGACACGACUUCGGAGACCGGCGAGCCUGGCAGCAUCCUCUUCUCAGAGCAGGUUCGCGCAGAGAUCGACAGCGACAACAAACGCGUCCUCGACCGCGCAGCGACGGCGGCCGCCGGGCGGGCGGACGACGAGCGAGAUGCGGAUCCCACAAACAUGUCCAACAUGUUCAUGUAUGUGGACGACGAGGACGAUGCAACCCCAGUCCACACUGGCAUCAUCGUGGACGACGGCCCGACACCAACUAAGGACGACCAGGACGAGACCAUGACGAACGCUGAUGCGCCUGCCGACAACGUUGACAUGCACUUUUGGCUCGAGAGCCAGGACGAAGGUGACACUGAGAUGGACGGGGACGCGAGCACGGUUGCCGUUGUCAAGUCGGAGGUGACAGAGGCCACUGGGACUACGUCGGAUAACUACGACAAAGAGGACGACGACGAUGAUGAGGACGGGUACUCAGAGCCGAUGAGCUAUCACUCUGGCGACUCGGACGAGUAUGAGAUGGAACACCGACCAUGGCUCGACCGCACAGCUGUCAAGCGCGACAUCCAGGAUCUCUACGCCAUCAAGGGUCUGUAUCACCACCACCUCCGAAAGUACCGGUACCGCGUCGUCGAUCGGCUUGGCGAGGGAACGUUCUCGUCGGUCUACCUGGCCUACGACAGCCUGAACAACAUGUACGACAACUCUUACUGGCUGGACGAGGCGCAGAACGAGUCAACGCCCGACAAUUUAUUCGCCGAGUCGAAGAAGGUCAAGGUCGCGCUGAAGAAGAUCCUGGUGACAAGCUCGCCGGCGCGCGUCGAGAAUGAGCUCUCGAUCCUCGAGAACCUGCGCGGGUGUCGCAACGUUUCACCCCUGAUCACAGCAUUCCGGGAUGAGGACCAGAUUGUCAUUGUGCUGCCAUAUCACAAGUCCGAUGAUUUCCGCUACUUCUACCGCCUCAUGGACCCGCCAAAGAUCCAGGAGUACAUGGCGUGUCUGCUCCGAUCACUGAAGGAUAUCCAUGCCCGAGGCAUUAUCCACCGGGACGUGAAGCCAGCCAACUUUCUCUUCGACUACGAGGCGGGCACUGGUGUGCUUGUCGACUUCGGCCUGGCGGAGCGAUAUCAACCACCCCGGCGAGCAGCCUGUCAGCACGAGCCCGCGACGCGGGAGCACCUGCACGGCACGCGGACGAAGACGGGAGAUACGGUUGCGGUUGAGCAGGCUGUGUACGAUGCUCGAAAGCGCGCAAAGGCCGGCGAUGUUGGAUUUCGGCAGCAAGACUCGCGACCAGCAAUCAAGACGAACCGAGCUGGAACGCGAGGGUUCCGCGCACCCGAGGUACUGCUCAAGUGUCCCGACCAAACCGUCGCAAUCGACAUCUGGUCAGCAGGUGUUAUCCUCCUCUCCCUGCUUGCUCACAAGUUCCCGGUGUUCAACUCGACAGACGAUGUUGAAGCACUCAUGGAGAUCGCGGCUGUGUUUGGGAAGGGCGCGAUGGAGCGCUGUGCGAUGCUGCACAUCGACAGCCCGCCGGACAGCCUCGCAGCUCUGAUCCUUCGCCUCAACCCACACCUGUACACGCCGCACCAGCCGCACCCAACGCCCGAGGAGGCGAUGCAGCACAUCACAGCUGUGGACCAAGCCCUCGACCUCGUCAACCGCAUGCUGCGCGUGGACUCGACGAGCCGCUUGACGGCGGCAGCGGCACUAAGGCAUCCCUUCCUGGCAUCCAUGGCUGGAGACGAUGAUGGGCCCGACGAGCUGCUCAAUGUCACCGAAGGAAAGUGCGGAUAUUUGCACACGAUGACAGCAGAGGGACAACCCUCCUUCGGCGGGCAAUCCGAGGACAUGCGAUUCGGCCAGGGUCUACCAUCGUCUCGCGACUCCAUGUGCCCCGAGCACGAACACUGGCAGCAGCGGUCGGGCGUAAACCCCAUCGGGGCCGCUGCUGGCGCUCGCUUGGACGAGGAGUACUACGAACUCACUGGUUUCCAUGUCUACCAGGAUUAUGAGGGGUGGGACGACCCAGAAGCCGUCGAGGGACGGUAG